CCUGCCAAACGUUUUCGUAUCACUAAACAAGUUCGCAGAAAAUGGUCAGCGAGGGAAAAACUUAUUGUCAUUUAUUAUUAUUAUCGUCAUCAUUCUAUCCGAGAAACAGCGAGCAGAUUCGACAUAGAGCCAAAGCAAGUGAGAGACUGGAUUAGGAAAAAAGAUAAACUAAUGAAAGCAUCUCCUUUUGUCGAAAAGCUGCAUCCUGGAAGAAAGGCAAAAUAUCCUGAAAUAGAAGAAGAGCUUGCAUCAUGGAUUAAAGACAACAGAGAUAAAUCCAGACCCAUUACACGACCUAUGAUUGUACGAAAAGCCAAAUUACUUGCAGAAAAAGAUAUCUAUCAAGAGAUGUAUCCUGAUGUUUCCACUGGUAAAUUCAGUAAUAAGUGGGUCAAUGCUUUUAUGUCACAUUUCUCUCUUUCUACUAGGCAACGCACAACGGUGGCACAAAAUUUGCCUGAAGACCUUGUCGAGAAACAACAGCAGUUCCUAAGUUUUAUUCUAUUCAGAAGACGUGAACACAAUUAUCCUUUGAAAUACAUUGCAAACCUUGACGAAACCUCCGUUACUUUUGAUCUUCCUAGUACGACAACAGUAGAUAAGCGUGGCACUAAAACU